AAAAUGGUGGUGUAUGCGAUUGGUGAAUGACGGCUCUGAGAAAAAUAGCACGUGUCAUUGCCAUGAAUAAGUAUUGACGAGUUUCACGAGCUUCAAGUGUAAAUUGAAAUCGUAAAAAAAUAUGACGAAACAAAUUGGGUAGCCCGGCGAUGGCUGAUGAGCAGUUCAGUGAGCAACAAGACACGCGACUGAUAACUUCCGGGUUCUUAACAUUUUAUGUUGUAAUGGCGCAAUCUAUGAUCAUUGGGAGUCUGCUCGUUAGAGUAUUAGCAUAUGUUGGUGCACAAACUGUUUACAUUGAUUUGGACACUGGAAAAAUCGUUGGAAUCACUCAGGGAAAAUCGGGUCAAGGAAAUUAUGGCAAUCCACAACCUGGUUAUCAGGGGAGAGCUGUACCCCAGCAGCCACAGCCCAAUUACCAACCAAUUCAACAAUAUCCACAAGGACGUCCGCAUGUACCUCAACAACCUUAUUAUCCAUUUGGGCAUCAACACACUCAGGCUCCAUACCAAAGCCAGCCUAACAACUUAAAAACUGAGUGGGUCUGUACUGACCCGAAAACAGGAUCUACAAUGAUUAUUGCAAGUGAGCCGGGACCACAGGGACCAGUGAUUCCUAAUCCUAGGAAUCCUUAUCAAGAUAACCCAUGGCUGCAAAAUACUCGACCAGGUCAAGACAUGCCUGGAGAACUUCCCAAUCCUACCCCAGUUCCAAAUACACCUCCACCACCCACAACGCCGGCACAACCUGCUCCAUUUCCGAAACUUGACAACAUCGACUGGACUCAGUUUCUGGAUAAAACGACAAAAAAACCUCUGACUGAAGCAUCAGGUGCCGCAACUGAUGGCGAAGGAAUUAUUGAGCCAAGGGGCGGCAAUUAAUGAAUAAAUAAAGAUACAAAUUGAUCAAUCAAGGUCAAUGAUAAAAUAAUUUCUUCCUUGUUUUUCAAAUAUUAUCUGUGGCCACUACUGCCGUCAUUUUUAUUUAUUGUAUAUCACUAUAACAUACACUGUUUAUACAAUGGGAAGAGCUACGUUACGUGAUAAUAAUUUUGCUAAUAAACAUGUCAUGUAUUUAGAGAUUCCGAUAAGAUGGAAUUAGAUAUGAAAAGAAAUAAAAAUAUUGUAUAGUGACGUUGUAA